GUUGAAUAGCAGAAGAAACAUAGGUGGCUUUCCCAACCAAUCAAAGCAUCGAUUUUGGGGUAGCGUGCGUAGCAGGUGCAGGAAUCUGCCUCAAGCUCGCCACGGCGGCGGCAGUUGCAUUUCAGCAUCUUUAAUCUCAGCUCAAAAUGGAGGCGCAGAGUUCUCGAGAACCUGACCCGCCCGCCGUCACCACCCGGCUCCGUUCGAGGCCCGAUCCCUUCCUCAUCACCUGCCGCUGCUUCAGCGUCAUCACAGCUCUCGCCGCCAUUCUCUGCAUCGCCGUCAACAUCCUCUCCGCCGUCCAAUCUUUCAACAACGGAUCUGAUAUAUUCGAUGGGAUAUUCCGGUGUUACACGGUGGUAAUUUCCUUGUUUGUGGUUGUCGCCGAGACCGAGUGGGAAUUCAUCAUGAAGUUCUCCAAGAUCCUGGAGUACUGGGCUGGCAGAGGGAUGCUGCAGAUCUUUGUUGCAGUGAUGACCCGAGCUUACCCUGAGUAUUUAAAGGACCAUGCAGAGCUUUUUCUUCUCCAAAGCAUCUCUAGCUACCUGCUUCUUGGAUGUGGUGUAGUUUACGUUAUAUCAGUAAGUUUAUCAUUACAUUGCACAUAGUGUUUUCUGGCCAGU